GGUUCGGAGAGUCGUCGUCGGGCACUCGAUGGGCGGGAUCGCGGCGGCGAUUGCGGCGGGCGCUGGGGACGUCGACGACGUCGUCCUCGUCGCCCCCGCGCUGGUACCGCCCCGCGCACGAACGACGACGACGACGACGGACCGAACGACGACGGGAGAGUCGAACACCGCGGCCGGGGCGUUGAUCGGCGCUUUACGUCGGUUUCUGACGGCGGCGUUCGCGUACGCAUUCGCGCCGUUUUUAAAAGUAAUCCUCCGCGUCUUCGUGCGAAGUGCGAGGUUCUGGCGAAACGGUCUGGCCAAAGCGGUCGGUCGCGGCGCCGCCCCCGCGCUGCACACGGACCUCGCGUGGGCGGACGGCUACCGCAGGCCGUCGUGCGUCCGGGGUUGGGACGACGGCAUGGCCAGGGUGGUCAUCGCCGCGUGCACCGGGGGCGUGAACGACGUCUGGGCGAACGAAUCCAAACGGGUGGCUCGCGCCUUCAAGGGUGCCGAGGAUGCCGAGGGUGCCGACGAUCGCGGGGCGACGGACGCCGGCGCGACGCUGGACGCGUUGCGCGCGAGCGGCGCGAGGGUCCUCAUCGUCCACGGCGACGAGGACUCGAUCGUGCCGCUCGCGAACAGCCGGCGACUGGCCGAAGCGCUGCCCGGCGCCGAGCUGGCGGUGAUGGGUGGGUGCGGGCACAUGCCGCACGAGGAGGACCCGGACGCGUUCGUCGACCUGGUCAAGUCGUUCGUGGAAGGGAAGCCCGUUUCGUGAGACGCCGCGAGUCGAACGAAGAGCGCGAACUCGUCGCCCAAAGGCGACUC